AUGGCCGGGCCUCCCCACUGCCCGCCCGGCUCCCAGCACACGGCACCGCUCCGCCGCUCACCCGCACGGCGUACAGCGCCGGCACACCAGGAAAGCGGUGUGGGAAUACCGACAGCUGGCUGCGGGAAACAGAAAGCAAGGCCAGACCCCAGGGAGGGAGGGGAGCACCUCGGUCACGGCUGCAGUACCGAGCAACUCAUCCCCGGGGCCCCAGGCAAGCCGCGCCGCCAGGCCGAGCACACGUACAUGCAGGCUCAACGGCCACCCUUCCGACGCCCUCCGUACACCCUCCCAAACGGGCGACUUAUUUCCUGUCUGCCGCCAGCGCGGCGAAACCCUCGCGUUCAGCCCCGACGCUGCAGAGAGUCCCUCGCAUCCUCCCCCGGGCCCCGCGCAGCUCCGCCGCCUCUGAACUCUAGUAACCCCCGCACAGCUCGCUGCGAGCCGCUGCCGGCGGAGGGAGGGGAGCGAGAGGAGGAGGAUGAAGGGGGGCGGUGGUCACUGAGCGCAGGAGAGGCCCGGGUAGCCCCGCACACACGUGAAGCACCGGGGUGCGUGCAGGGGCGCCCUGAGGGGCGGGGGACGGGCACGCGCGUGCCUGAGGCGGCGGGUGGGGAAAUCACCUGGCCCGGCGAGUUCGCCGCCGCCUCCUCCUCCUCCUCCUGCUGCUGCUCCCCGGUGUCGCGGCGGAGCUCCGCUCCUCACAGCGACGACUGUGGCGGCGGCUCGGUGCCCGGCGGCAGAGCGGCUCCUCGAGGCACCAUGGCUGCGCCGCGCACGCCUCACGGCGCCGACACCUCACGUCCCUACAGACAGACAGCCAUUGCCCCGCUGCUUGCGCGCGCGCGCCCCCCCCCCCCGAUCCGCGCAUGCGCCUGCUCCACCAGCAGCGCAGCACCGCCCCACCCGGGACCGCUGGCGGUGGGCAGCGCGCGGGGUCCGUUCCUACGUUACAAACGUGCGCAGGGAAACGGGGCAGAACGUGCUUUUUGA